AUGUCUACACGCGGCGGGGUCCUUUCUGACAAGCUGGCUAUCGUUGUCGAUGAGGAUGAGUAUGAACAACGCAUCGUUACCGAGCUAGACGAGGCCCUGCGUAAAAAUGCUGCUGUUGGAAUUACACGGCGUCUGGAAAAGAUUGCCGUUGUUGUCGAUCGGUGCGACGAGAUAAUGCGCCACCAGAACCCAACCACAAGGCAAUAUGCACGCGCGGAGCACAAAAAAAUGACUGCUCUUUCUGAACGCAACUCCCUGCUUGCCACUAUUGACGUGGAUGCCCAAGAUUUGGAAAUAGACCCAAAGAUUGAUGUUGUAUCUAAGUUACAUACCAAGGCUGAUGCAGAUCUAAAAAUAAUUGUCGAUAAAGAGGACGAACGUGGCUCACUUGAUGCAGAGAAUAACUUGACGGUCGAAGAUGAUUACGACGACGAUGCCUAUGCUGAGCGUAUCAUCAGAUACCGUGCGUGUUAUUUUAAAGAAGGUGUCGAACAGUCCAAAGCUGGCAUUCGUGUCGAAGGGACUCCAUGGAGCAUUCCAGCAUCGCUACAUGCCAGAUUACUUCCUUAUCAAGUUGAGGGUGUCAAAUGGUUGCUGAACCGUUUUCAGCUAGGGGCAGGCGGAAUCCUUGCCGAUGAAAUGGUAUUGCAACGACAUUCUGACCUUUUCUUUUGCUCGCUUCCGGGACUCGGAAAAACAGUACAGGCUCUGGCAGUUGUGGCCGCCCUAACCACUUUAGAAGUUCCGGCCAGUGUACUGGUGAUUGCACCAGCGACCCUUGUUGCCCAAUGGGUCGCCGAAUGCCAUCGAUGGUAUCCACCACUGCGUGUAAUUGCAUUUCACCGGUCACUACGCCGCUCGGGGUUGUCACGGCUUGUACUGCCCACCGGAAACUUGCUUGUUGUCACUUCAUAUUCCAUGUUUUUGAUGGAGAAGCGGCACAUCCUUUCUUUACGACCAUGGAACGCUGUUAUCCUUGAUGAGGGGCAUCGAAUUCGCAACCACGAUGCAGCUAUCUCUUGUGCGCAACGCGUAUUGCUGACCGGGACGCCCAUCCAAAAUUCUCUUGUUGAUCUCUGGGCUCUCGUAGAUUGGGUGCAUCCGGGACGGUUGGGAACACUCCAUGCCUUUGGGGUUCAUUUUGAAACACCUAUUCGUGCCGGCUCCUACGCGCAGGCCGGCCCUCUUCAGCGAGCUGCUGCAUACAGGUGUGCUGCGUUGUUGCGAGAGCUUAUUGCGCCCGUGCUUUUGCGCCGUUGGAAGCGGCAGGUAGCUGUUCAGCUACCGCCAAAACGCGAGCAGCAACGUGCCAUUUAUCGCAACUUUUUGAUCUCUCCGCUUAUUGACGGUAUCCGAAAAAAGCGGGUCAAUCUUCUGCAUGGCAUUGACAUCAUGCGCAAAAUUUGCAACGCUCCAGAACUGCUUACCACCAAGAACGAAAAGCUUCAUCCUCAAAAAUCUACCGCAGAGCUGUUGAAGCUAAUGAACUUUGUCGAUCCUCCAAAUGGAUUUUGCGAUAGCAUUCCUGGAAAGAUCCGCGUGUUAGAGGCAAUACUGGCUGAUUGGCAUGCCUCCGGCAAUCGAGCACUUGUUUUUUGUCAGACACGCCAAAUGCUGGACGUGCUUGAGCGAAUAGUGCAGCAAAACGGGUACACAUAUCUACGUAUGGACGGCUCUACAGAUACUGCGCAGCGUCAUCCACUUGUCUCGCGUUUCAACAGCGACCCGUCAGUAUUUCUCUUCCUAUUGACCACGCGCGUCGGAGGUGUUGGGCUCAACUUGACUGGUGCAGAUAGAGUCCUCAUUUAUGAUCCUGACUGGAAUCCAUCGACGGACGCCCAGGCUCGAGAACGUGUAUGGCGUCUGGGACAGCACAAUUCGGUGCAUGUAUAUCGCCUCAUCACCAAAGGCACCAUUGAGGAGAAAAUAUACAGGCGGCAGAUCUUCAAGACCAUGGUCACAAAUAGAAUCUUGAAAGACCCGCGGAGCCUUCAAAUGUUCAAAUCCUCUGAGAUUCACGAUCUUUUUACUCUUGACAGCGAUGAUGAAGAUGUUGUCGAUAAUCCCCAGCAUGAGAGUCGUCAGCGUGAAUUAUCAAAUGGCGAAAGCCUUUUGGUCGAGAAAACAGACCGAGAUCCACUUCUUGACAUGUUGCUUGACGCUACAGGUGUUAACGCCCCAAAUGAGACGCCAAUCAUAAGGAAGGAGGCAAAAAAAAUUGCCGAAACCUCACUGAGAAUGCUUGAGCAAAGCAAGGAAAAAAGAGCGAUUGACAGUGUAAGCGUUCUGGAGCAUCUCAGACGCAUUCGAGCAGAACCUUUGACUGAAAUGCAGGGCCAUAAUUGGCUUUUCACUGACCUGCGGUCUUUCUUGUUGGCACGUGGUGGGAGUGCUUCCACAGAGAGCAUUUUGAAGGAGUUUGGACCACGCAUUGCAAAGAAGGAAAAGAUGCUUUUUAAAAGGAUUCUCUUGGAGCUUUCAGAAAAAAGUGUCGUACGGGGAAACGUCCUAUGGACGCUCCGCGAGAUGUGA